AUGACUGCUACUGAUCAAUGCAUGCAAUUGUAUCAACAACCUCUCAUAGAUUGCAUGCCUUUGGUGUCACCCUUAGAUGAAUUCUUUGAUGCAACUGUGAUGACAACAAUGUCAUCAGAGGGUGUCUUGAGCCCAAGCAAUUCAUACAACACUAGUGCCCACAAGUUAACCCCAAACAUCAAUGCAUUGAAACCAAUCCGAAGAAGAUCUAGAGGUUCUAAGAGAACACCCAUUACCCUCCUUAAGGCCAAUACCUCUAAUUUCAGGGCACUGGUACAACAAUUCACUGGGUGUCCUAACACAAAAGCCACCUCAUUUGCAAUCCAUAAGGGUCCUAUUACCUUAAACUUCCAACAAGGAAGCAAACAUCAUGUUCAGCAUCACACAACAAGAGCAUUUGUGACACCAUUUGACACCACAUGUUUUAAACAAGUUCAUCAGGUAGAUGUGCCACUUCCAUGGCAGAACCAACCAAAACCACAACCGUUGAUGCAAGAGCAGCUAUGUGGCAACUGGUUAGAGUUAGACCAUGUGAAAAGCAGUAACUUUCUUCCAACUUCGGGUAACUCUUGCAUGGAGGUCUCUCAUGGAUUGCUCUUUGAUGAUAAUUUUAGUUUGCAAGAACUAACUGUGAAUGCCUUCUCCAGCGAUGAAGGUGGUGUUUUUAUGUGA